ACCACGCCCCCGGCACCGGGAGGCGGGGCCAAGGGCUCAACCUGGAGCUGCACCGACCCCUCCCCAGGGCGCUUCCUUCCUCCGGCCAGUAGGCGUCAGGCCAGCUCGAGCAGGCCGCCGUCGGCCAACAAGCCCUGAGUACGGUUGUAGACGUCCUCUAGGGUGCCCGCGGCCCGGACCAGCGCGUUCCGCGCCUCCGCCUCUUUGGAACCCGGACACGCCAGCUCGAGCAAGCGGCCGCGACUCGGGAAGGCGAGGAAUGCGAGGUGAGCGGCCUGACGGACGAACCAGGGGUGGUGCGGAGCCAGGGCCGUGCCGUAGGCGUCGCUGCACUGAGCGCCAGCGUCCGGGCCUCCGAGCAUCCCGGUAGCCACCCGGUGGAGGCAGAGCUGGGACCAGCGUAGCGCACGGUGCAGCAAGAGCAUCGUCAUUGAGCCCGGGCACCCGGCCGAGAGUCGUGGGGCGAUCCCGGGCCGCUCCCACGCCACCAUGGUCGCCAGCGACGUGUAGUGCGCGGCCUCUGGGCCGUGCACCAGAGCCUCGAGGGCUGUCACUUUGGCGGAGGCCUCGCUUGUGGCGAAGGCGAAGAUGGAGCCGAGGGGAAUUAGGAACCUGUGUGUGAUGGUGGGAAGGGUAGGAAGGUUUGAGAGAGGGCGAUGGAGCCACAAAGAGGCGGGGACUGGAUGGGGUUGGGGGAGAGACCACUCACCGGACUAGCUCCCUCCAUCCUGCCAGGUACUGCGACAACUCCACAUCCCUUUCCGGGUUCAGACUGGCGCGGAACGGCCUCAUCAUGCGGCCCAGCAUCCCCUGAGGGCCCAGACACUGAGGCUCUUCCCGUUCCGGGGCCUCCAAGGGUCCCGACUGUUGCCGGACCUGGGGGUGAGAUAGGAGGGGAACGGAGUGGGAGCAGAAGCCCUAGCUUGCUGGGUUCGCCAAGCAGCCCAGUUGGGCUCUGAAGAAAUUAUUCCUAAAAUCUAGAUGGUGUCCCUCUUGCUGUAUUCUCAGCUUCUGACGGGAGAAGGGAGAGGAGGAGGAGGGCCUGCCCUUCAUCGGAUCCUCAGCCUGGUGCACUUCCCCCUGCUCAGGGUCCUACCUGGAGCUCCCAGUCCCAGCCCUUCCGGGAGCAUACCUGGAAAGGAGGCGGUUCCCUGGCAAUGCAGGACUGGGCCCCAGAUCUGCAGCCUGAGAGGGCACCUGAGGGAAGUGAAACAGAACAACGAGGGCUUGAGGAGAGACCUUAGGUCUCAAGGGCCUGGAUUCCCCGGUUCCUCCCAGAGCAGGUGAGGGAAGGGGUACUCACGGAGGCUCCGAGCCCAGAGAUAAACAAGCAGUAGUGUGAAGACAGCAAGAGGAAUCGCACUGCGCAAGCAGCGCCGAGGGACCGGCUGAGGCAGUGCGACCCGCAUGGCUGCUGCAGGGACCACCGCCCCCUCACCAGCCCCUCGCCAGGCCUUGUCCCUUCGCCUCCAGGAGGAGAGAGAAGCCGCAGUGCCUGAGGCGCAAAGGGUUAAUAAUUAACCUACUAAGUCCCUCUCCCCUGUGCCCUUUGCCCCAGAGGGCAGCAUCUGAGGAGAGAGGGAAUCAAUGAAGAGGAUUUGGGGGAUUCGGUAGCAGUGACACGUCGCUACAUUUCCCUUCCCUGUAAGGCCAGGUUGUAGUAAGAGGAGGGCUGGUUAUUGUGAGGAGAGGCUGAGGUCAGAACCAGUUCCCCCACUGAGCAAUGGUGGACCCUAAGUUGACUCUGGGCCUGAGUUCCCUCCACUGUACAUUGAGGAUAAUAUGUUCUUUUGCAGGCUUCAUGUGAGGAUUAACUGAUAUCGUAUGUGCAAACACUGUAAAUGGAAAAGCUUACUACAGCUGCUCCAUAAAUCUUACCUUUUAAGUUCAAGCAUGGGGCACCUGGGAUUCAGAGAACACCCUCUUCUAAAUUCUCUAUCCUGUCCCCAGGGGACCUUAUCUUAUUAUUAUUUUUUAUUUUAUAAAUUUAUUUAUUUUUUGGCGGCGUUGGGUCUUCGUUGCUGCGCGCGGGCUUUCUCUCGUUGCGGUGAGCCGGUGCUACUCUUUGUUGCGGUGCGCGGGCUUCUCAUUGUGGUGGCUUCUCUUGUUGUGGAGCACAGGCUCUAGGCGCGCGGGCUACAGUAGUUGUGGCACGAGGGCUCAGCAGUUGUGGCUCGCGGGCUCUAGAGCGCAGGCUCAGUAGUUGUGGCGCACGGGCUUAGUUGCUCCGCGGCAUGUGGGAUCUUCCCGGACCAGGGCUCGAACCCGUGUCCCCUGCAUUGGCAGGCGGAUUCUCAACCACUGUGCCACCAGGGAAGCCCAGGGGACCUUAUCUUAAUCUGGAUGCCUGAGGUCUCAAUUAUAUAGUUUAGGCUGUCACCUUUUACAUUUUUGUAGUUUACUUUUUUUAAUCUCCAAAUUGAUUCCUCAAUCAUUCAUCAAACCAACCUUUAUUAACUACCUCCACAUGCCAGGCCCUGUACUAGGCCCCAUGAAGACAAAUGUGCCUUCACAGAGCUCAGGGUCCAUUGGAGAAUUUAUCAUCUGUCUCCCCCAUUGGAAUGUGAGCUCUGAUGAAGACAGGGGCCUUUUCUUGGUGGCUGCUCUAUUUAGCAUUUAGAAUAUUGCCUGGGCCCAAACACAUUAUUUCUAAAUAAGUGAUAUUGAAUAGACAAAGGAAUGUGUUGUAUGAAGGGCAGGCAAAUCAGGGGUGGUACUCCCCACAACAAUUUUUUGUUUUUAAUUAGGAGUCCCCCUGGUGGUCACAGGGGGAAAAACAUGGAGGGAAAGGCUACAGGAAGCGAUGAAAGAAAUAGCGUCGUCUCCUGUUCUCAGUUCCCUGUCCAUAAACUUUUUAAAUCUGUUCCUGUCUCUGUGUACAUUUUCUUUUGAGGGGAAGGAAUGUCCCAGAUUCUCAAGGAUUCGGGGCCCCAAUCACUCACAAGAUGCUUCCCAGCUCCCACAGUUCAUGGAUUCUUGCCCUGUCUCACUUCGAUGCUCCCUCACAUCCUGGAGUUCCCUGGGGUCCCUGUCCAGUGGGAUUCUGGAACCAUCACUUCCAUCCCUAGCCGUGGGUUCCCCAUUUCCUAGUGCUGGAAUGUUCCCUGGCUUGCUGACUGUGACCUUAGGCAAGUCGCUUGCAAUUUCGCAGCCCUAGUUCCCUCACUGGCAGAAUAGGAAUGGUAAUUCUCACCUCCUAAAAUUGUUGUGUGGAUUAAAUAAAACAUGCCAGCAAAACGCUAACCACGAUUCGUGGCCUAUAGUCUGUAAACGUUCGGUAGGUUGGUGGUUAUUUAAACCCUCCUCCUCUGGCGCUGGGAGCGUCAGUCUCCCUGAGCUGAGAAACAAGUUUGUAGGCUUCCGGAACGGAUUAGUUUUGAGUGUCACUUAAUCCAGGUGGCCCUUCCGCAGUCGGAGCCCUCUUAGGGCAAAGGUGGUAUACACCUGCACAAAGGGCCUGGGCUCACAGAGGCUGCGGGAUGGAGUGGGGCGCGGGAGCCAAGCUGCUUCUGCUGCUGUGGGCGACGUGCUUCGGGCGUGCAAGAGCAGAUGUGUCCAGCGGCUACACAUUGGUCAUCGAGGUGACCAACGGGGGGCCCUGGGGCGACUGGGCCUGGCCAGAGAUGUGUCCUGACAGAUUCUUCGCCAGCGGGUUCUCACUCAAGGUGGAGCCCCCCCAAGGCAUUACUGGCGACGACACGGCUCUGAACGGAAUCCGGCUGCACUGCGCACGCGGGAAUGCGGAGCUCAACACGCACGUGGUGGAGUCCCAGUCUGGAAGGUGGGGCGCGUGGAGUGAGCCGCUGUGGUGUCCCGGCGGCGGCUUCCUGGUGGCUUUCUCGCUUCGCGUGGAGGCACCCGUGACCCCCGGGGACAACACGGCUGCGAACAACGUGCGCUUCCGUUGCUCCGACAGCACGGAGCUGCAGGGGCCCGGUCUGUCCUGGGGAGACUUUGGAAACUGGAGUGAGCCUUGCCCUAAAGGAGUGUGCGGCUUGCAGACCAAGAUCGAGCGGCCUGGAGGCCUCCGCGAUGACACCGCUGUUAACGACGCGCGCUUUUUCUGCUGCCGCAGUUGACACCAUCGCCGCCCUCUCCCAGCCCAAGCCUAGUCCCACCUCCGCUAUUAAAGCUUCUCUGUCUUGGC